AUGUCUGCCAAUACUAAUUGCAAUUCCUCGGGAACAAUAACCCUCCCCAACUUAGAGAAAGCCGCCUCGGCUCCCCAAAACGGCGUUGCCGGACCGCAGAUCAGGAACCAGAAUCCCGAAGGUGUUCGACAGAGGCAGCGAAGGGCUUCACCUCUACGAGACAACGGCAGCCUUGGCAUAUCGAGAAGAAAUCACAACUAUAAUGCUCCAAUUGGGGGAUACGAAAGCUCCCGUGACUCGGAAGGUGAUAGGACCACAUAUAGAAGUCAAGACCCGCACUAUCGCAGGAGGGUGGUCAGGCAAAAGUUGCACGAGAAGCAUAAAUCAGACAUCGUGCCGAUCAAAGUGACUAGUAAAUGGGCCAAAUGGAUGCAGAGUGAUUCCAAGAACCACACCGUAGCGUUCAUGGGCGAGUUCGUCGGGACGUUCAUGUUCCUGUUCUUUGCAUUCGCUGGUACACAAGUCGCCAAUAUCGGAGCUGGAGAUUCUUCCAAUCAAAGUACCACCGGUUCCGCAACUGGUUUCAACCCCGCUACUCUGUUAUACAUUGCUCUCAGUUUUGGCUUCAGUCUUAUGGUCAAUGCAUGGAUCUUCUUCCGUAUCAGUGGCGGUCUUUUCAACCCUGCAGUCACUCUUGCCCUCGCCCUCCUCGAAGCCCUCUCCCCCCUCCGCGCAAUCCUCCUCUUCAUAGCGCAACUAACAGGUGCCACUUUAUCCGCCUACAUUGUCUCCGUCCUCUUCCCCACAGUCUUCAACGUCCGCACCACCCUCGCAGUAGGGACGUCCGUAGCUCAAGGCAUCUUCAUCGAAGCCCUCUGCACCGCCGAGCUUGUCUUCACCAUUGUCAUGUUGGCCGGCGAAAAGCACCGCGCGACACAUGUAGCUCCCGUCGGCAUUGGCCUCGCCUUGUUCAUCUCCGAACUAGUAGCUGUGUACUACACCGGCGGCUCUCUGAACCCUGCCAGGAGCUUCGCCCCAUGUGCUGUUACGCACGACUUUGAUGCCGAGCACUGGAUCUACUGGGUCGGCCCGCUCAUCGGCACACUCCUCGCCGUUGGCUUCUACAAGCUCAACAAGAUACUCGAGUACGAGAUGGUAAAUCCCGGUCAGGACGGAGACGCCGGGAACGAUCCGACGCAGAACCCCGAUCACGAGAUUGCGCAGGCGGUCGAGGAACGCGCUCUCGCGGUUGAAGAGAUCGCGGCUAUUGAGCAACAGGGGGGCUUUGACACCAUCAGCACGGACGGCAGCGUGGCGGCCGAGAUGAGGGAGGCGGACGCGGUGGCUGAUCUGGAUCCGCAUCUAGGUGCCGAAACGGCAAAGUUGAGCUCGGGCCUUAAAGAUGAUAUAGAAGCUCAGUGGCUAAGCAGCUCCCGCACGCAGCACGUGGCGAGGUGA